AUGUCUACAGGUAGAGAUACUCGCCUGCAAAAGAACUCCUUGGAGCACUAUUCAGACAACAGAACUGCUUUUCAGAUAAUGAAAGCUGGUUUCCUCAUGGCUGAUAAACAGUAUUCUUACUUGUUGAGUAAAACACCUUGUUGCUGCUGCAGUGUGCUUAAAGUAAAUUUGACUGGGCCAGAUGUAACUGCAGUUUUUAACUUCUCCACUGAGAAGAUACUGAUACACCACUCUCAAAAGAAUACAAACAGAGCAAUGAAAUCGAACCUUAAUCACUCUUUCAAAAUGAAAUGCGAUUUCAAUCAAACGGCUCUUCAUGGUGGGUUCACACCUGUAAAAUCUGCAGAGAAAACAAAACCAGAGGAACCCUGUCCUUUGAAAUCUGGGGAAAAGCUUUACAGAAGCUGUGAUGAAGAGCAUCAGAAAAUACUGAGUGAACUGUACCAUGCAGCCUCCAGAAAUCUAGAUCCUGAAGAUGAAGGAAAGCCUGUACAUAACAAAGAAAACAAACACGUAACCCAAAGAUUUGAUGAAGGGGUCUAUGAAAUGGAGGCACUGGAAAAUAGUAAACUUAAUGAGGACAGUGGUUAUUCCUCUAUGUUAAGUAGCCAAUACAGUGAUGCAACAGAACAAGAGGACAGCCUGCCCUUGUCUGGAAAUCUCUGUAGCACACCACAGCACUGCCUGGAGAAGAAUGAGUUCCAAGUACAGUUGUCCAAGAAGACUUUGUUACCUGUAAGCCAUUAUGAAGAAAUGAUUUGCUCAACUUUGAAAAAAAGUGGUAAAAGAAAUCUCAAAUCUUGGACUGAUUUUGACAGAAUUGUUUUCAGGGAACAUUUUGAACUUCGUAAUUUAAUUGGAAAGAAAAUGGGAUUAGAUAGAAUAGACGUUCUUGCUGAACUCUUCCAAAAGAACCUGAAGCAUAUAUUAGCAAGCAUCUUAAGACAUCUUGGUGAGAUGGACUUAAUAAAUUUUGCCAAAGUCAGCGCAACAUGGAAGAAGAUUUUGCAAGAAGAUAAAUGGGGUUUCCAAAUGUAUAGUAAAGCUUUGGAUAACCUUUCUAGUGGCACUAAGACGUCAGAACAUGCUGCAACAAGGGAGUACGUUCUCUACCGAGCGGCUUUAGCUUCAGUUCAGAAAGCAACCCCACCAAACAGCCUGAGUAAAAAAGGCAACAGGUCCAAAGCGUCUAAAAAUUACAGCAGGCUCAUGGAGUUCUCUGAGGCAGCCAAGACCUUGAAAAACACUGAAAGCUUCAAAGUCUGCAAUCGCUGUGGCUCACCUGCAAAGUACGACUCCUAUCUGCAAAGAGCAAUGUGCAAUCGUGAAAGUUGUGGCUUUGACUUCUGUACAAAAUGCAUGUGCAGCUACCACAGCUCCAGUGACUGUAUGACUGGCAAACCAGUGAAAUCAAGCUUUAAGCUGGGAACCCUCCCUGGGACUAAGAAAAGCAAGCAGAAUCUGCGUCGAUUGUGAUCCAUCCUGACAUAUAUAUUGUCAGAUGUGCCACAAAGGGUUUUUAGGACAUUAAUCCUUCCAUGAAGAAAACCAAACCAAAACAUGCUUUCUGCUAUUGUGCUAUUUGUUAAAAAAAAAAAAAAAAAAGGUUAAUUUUAUGAUUCCCUUGUGCUAUUUGGUCAUUUCUGCAUUCCUAGGAGUUUUCAGAAAUAACUAUUUUGAAGUGUCUUAAUUUCAAAUUUAAAAGAAAACUCUGGAUGUGGGUUCUAAUAACAUUUUAAAUAUUGUCCCUGAUGACUUCUGUCCUCAGUGUUUGAAGACUUCCAAACUUCCUCACCAAAGUACUGAAUUUAAAAAAAAUGGUUUUGGCAAGUUAUCUUCCUAGCCCAGUAUGAGCCAUUCUUGAAUUGUUAACAGGAGGAAGCCUAAACUGUGUUUUAUUUAAAUACUUACUCUUGUUCUUCCAGAUUUUUAACAACACUUCUAGUGAAAAUGUCAGAUGAGGUGAGUGAAGUCUCUUUUAAAAUAAAAUUGUGUAGGACUCGAAAUUUUAUUAGUUUUUCAAGGUUUUCCCUGAGUUUUAAACUGUGAAUGUUAAUAAUACCAUAUUCUUUGAUGGCUUGCAUUACUUGAAUCUUAAGUUUUCUUUUCCUUCCUUCAUUCAGGAUCUACAGAUGUUUUGUUAGAAAUGUGGUGAAACACUUUAUUAUCUUUUUUUAUUUUUGAAAAAAAAAAAAAAAAAAGGGAAGUACUGUGUCUUGGCAAUACUGCUAAAAAAAUACUGCCAGUUUAUUUCAAAAUA